GUGAGCUCCUGCAAAGUGUUCAUCAGAGGUACCCUGUUGAAAGAAGGCACCGUGGAAACAGAGGCAGCAGCAGAAGAAGUGCUGAAAACAAGUGAUCGUAUGUGCUUUGCGUUGGAGCAAUAUCUCACGAAGACUAUGAAGAACGAUUUUUUACGAAGAGGCUAAAGGACCAUGUGGUUACAUGCAACGAAAUGUACUUCAGCAUUAAUUGUCUUGGCCAGGUUGAUAAAAAGGUGCACAAUGUGUGUCUUGCCGCUAUUUGAAACGAUCACUGCAAAUCCUUCGAGCCCGGGUGAAGUGAACAGCAACAAAGAAUUGCCAAUAUGCAGCGCUGAAGUUGCGUGUUGUGGCCAGAAGAAACACUAGAUUGUUUUCUCGCUUGAAAAGUGUGAAAAAGAAGCUGGAACAAAUGCAAAUUAGGAAUGCUGCUAUAAAAACAGAAACUUUAGAAGCACAGAUUGCAAGGCUUCCACCAAGACAGCAGGAAGCUGUACGACAGUGCUUUGCAGCUUCAAGAGUAAAACCCAAUGGGUUGCGCUAUACGAAAAGCUGGGUUUUAGAUUGUUUAAUCAUGAAGAUGAAGAGCCCUCGCCUGUAUGAACACCUUCGUCGCAAUAACAUCCUAGCCUUUCCAUGUAAAUCAACCCUGAAGCGCUAUGUACAUGCAUACCGCACUGUGUUUGGAUUUAGUGAGAGAGUUCUAAAGCAGCUAAAGGAAAAGACAGCGGAGCUUGAUGUUUGGAAGAAACACGGUGGAUUGGUCAUCGACGAACUGAAACUGUCAGAACAUUUUUCAGUGAAGAAGUCGGGUGCAAUUGAGGGUUUUGUGGAUUUAGGUCCAUUUACAACUUCCAAGGACAAAGGUGUACCAUGUGACCACGGUAUGGUUAUCCUUUUCGUCCCAUUUCAAGGCAAAUGGAGUAAAGUUAUUGGUUACUUUGCUACACAUGGAAACAUGAAAGGUGACACACUCGCCAAAGUUGUCAUUGAAGCAACCAUACUAGCUGAAAAGAGUGGGCUCUUUGUGGAUUUUAUUACUUGCGAUGGUGCAAGUUGGAAUACAAAUAUGUGGAAAGUACUUGGGAUCCAAGCGACAGCUGACUCUACUACUUCGAAAAUUGAACAGCCCAGUGAUGCAUCACGGCACCUAUAUUUUAUAUCUGACUUCCCACAUCUCAUCAAAUGGCUACGGAACUCGCUGCUGAAGUCUGGGUUCAACACCCCUGCAGGUCAUGUUGAUAUGCAACAUGUAAGGGAAGCUCACAAAAUAGACUCCUCCAACGUGACCCUUAAAGUGAUGCCGGGCAUAACACGGUGUCACCUGGAUCCUAAUGGAUUUGAGAAGAUGAGGGUCAGCUAUGCCUUCCAGCUUUUUGGGACAAAAGUCCUCCAAGCUUUCCACCUAUACAAAGACAAGUUGGAAGCAACAUUGGGAAGGAUGGAUGUAACACAAGAGUUCUUCAGCAAAAUCCACCAGCUCAUAAGAGUGAUGACAUCGCGGUUCCCUGCUGAAGCCCUCAGACCGUGUUCAUCAGGAACAGCAGUGCUGCAGUAUUUUCUGUCCUAUCUCAAAGCAUGGGAGCAGCAUACGAAAGGUGGAGGAGGCUUUCUGAGCAAUUCUACUGCUGCUGGCCUGCGUGUGACCAUUUCGAGUACACUAGAGUUGCUUGACUAUCUCACUGAAAAUGUUGGCUUUAAAUACCUAAUGACUGCAAAAACUAGCCAGGAUCCUUUGGAAAACCUUUUCGGUAUUAUCAGGCAAUCUUCUGGCAGUAAUUAUCAUCCAACACCAACUCAGUUUUUGAUUACAGUAAACUGCAUGUCAUUCUAUGGUUUAGUUAAAGGUGUCAGUCAAGGAAACUGCGAAGAGGGCAUGCUAGGUUCCCUUUUGGAAGUUAGUAGCCCACGAGACACAUCGCAAAAUGCAGCAAGCAUGGAUUUGGCACACAGCUCUUCUCAGAAUGCGCAGGCGUUGAUUAUACCUUCCCAGGACCACAGCCAGCAUGUUGCGAGGAGAGACUCGAGAAUUAUAUUUUACAUUGCUGGCUACGUGGCACGAAAGUGCAUUUUGAAAAGCAAUUGUAAAGAUUGUUUGAUACUACUUACCGUGCCUGCCCCAGACGAAAGCUUUCAGCUUGCAAGGUUGACACUAUUUCGUGACAACGGUGGACUCCUCUACCCAAGUGCUUGCCUAUUUCGGUUCAUAAAGAAGCUUGAAGACUUGUUCACGGGCUGCUUUUCUUGUGAACUCCAUGCAGACAGCAUUUUAGAUGUGCUGACCAUAGUGAAAGCAAGGCUUUGGCAAGAGGUUGGGUGCCCAAGCCAUGUCUCAAUGCUCUCUCAAAAAAUGAUACAAUUCUAUGUUGUUACACGACUUCAUUUUUACAUUAAGGGGCUAAAUACAGACAGAGCAGGCAAACGCUAGAAAGCAAAGCACUUAAAGAUAAGGCGCUGCUAUUAAAUAUUUUUUCCUUGCUUUAGAAGAUUUUUAAAAUUUUAAUAUUGUUCCUGUGUGGAUUUUACAAGUGUAGGUUAAACUUGAUGUAUGAAUCCUUUCUGAAUAUUCUUUUUCUGUUUCACUGACCCAAAUACAAGAGAAUGCCAGAUUUGAAAAACAAGCAAAAUAGUAUGUUGCCACUCGCCACGCAUACUAUAGCAAUAAACCCUUGACUAAGUGGCAACACUGCCUAAUUCAAUUGUGAAUGGUGACUUUGGUCCUUAGCAUGCCAUCAACAGUGCGAUUAAUAUGAUCUACGAGAACAUGUGUAGCUCUCUAUAAAAAUGCAUGUUAUUUGAAUGGAAAUGUGUCUAUUAUUUGUCAUUUUCAGUAUUUCUUCCGAUUCAGUGUCUUUACUUAUUGUGUGAACAAUAUGUGUUGAGUGUUCAUGUGUUUUUGUGAACUUUUUUAUGCCAAGUGUGCUAUUGAAAAUAUUUAGCAUCUCUUUGUGAUUAUUUAUAGUUGUGAAUAUUUUUCUAGCAUCUAUUGGGCUGUUUUAGGAGACAUGCCCUUUGUCGCACACGCUGAUAAGUACACAAUGGGGCAAGGCCCUCUUCAAGCUAUUUCAGCUUUUUCCAUCUGCUUUCACUUUGAGAAAAAAAAAUGAAAGUGAUUGAUAUGCAUGGCUUUUGUGGAGUACGGUCGUUGUGCUGCCCCACCAAAUAAACUUUUAACUUAUUCCCGUGAA